CAUUGUUAUUGUCAUCACUAUUGCAUUCACAUUGUUGCUGCCCUGCGCUGUGUAAUUAGUUUUCAUUGCGUUUAUUAUCGUUUUACUUGGUGAAAUAUGAAGAUUUACAAGCAGAAACUGCGCGACGUGUGGCUGCAAAUGGAGGAGUUCCGGGCGUGGCUCCGCCGGGACCCGGACGACUCCUACCGAGCGCACUGCCGCUUCUGCAAGUGCUGUGUAAACACCAAAAUCAGUGAUCUGCGUGCUCAUGCAGCCACCAAGAAGCACAUGAAACACCUGGAUCUGAAACCCCAUCUGAAACCCGCGGAAGAUGUGCACAGGUCUUCGGCAAGCAGUUCCCACACCGCCGCCUACAAAGCCAAAGUGAAGGCCCAGCCCAAAACUCCCGCGGUGAAGAAGGAGAAGUCUAAUGCCUCGGACCAGUCGGUGGACUACGAGCAAAUCAUCGAAAAUUUGGCCUUGUACGAACCGGAGCAGGUGAUGUUCUCCACCUGCUCCUUGACCGGCGGGGAGCAGAGACUCGAGGAGGAAAUCGAAGGCGAGGGCGAAGUGUCCACCAUCAGCAUCGUCGACGAGGAUAUGGUCAACAAGGCGGUGGCCAAUGCUCUUCGCAACCAGAAGGAUUCGUCCCAGGUCUUCGGGGACUUUGUAGCCGACCGACUUCGACAGCUUAACACCGACGCCUCCGAGUUUGCCAAGGACAAGAUCAUGAAGGUCAUCCUGGAAGCAGCGUCCAUUGAUCGGGCCCCCACUUACAAUUAACUUACAAUUACAAUUGCACUCGAAAAGUGCAUACGAAAUGAAUGCAUAUAUGUUUAGUUUUUAAUAUUGACUGGAGUUUGAAUAAAAACCGACGGAAUGUACAAUUAUGGAAUACAUAAAA